AUGCGCUCGCAGCACCAUUCCACCGUCACAAUCCCCAUUCCGCGCCAUAUUCCACCCCAGGUUGUUCUCGACUACAUACAGACAUAUGAACCUAUCCUUCGGCACAACCCUGGCAUGGUAUCAUGGUCGCCAUCAGCCAUAAACUAUGACACUGUCAUUCAUGACACCUUUUUCGACGCUUCGGACCCUAACCAGAGCCUUCGCUCCUACGAAGCCUAUGAGAUCGUUAGGCUUGGUCCGGGGGUGGGAAGGGAUUGCAGAUGGCCCAUCAUCUUCCAGAGAGUACCUAAUGGAAUCGUGUCGAGGACUGAUGCGCCUGCAAAGGUCAUCAGCUGGACUCAGUGGUAUGUGAGAGCGCGACAGAAUGAACAGGAAGCUUCCAGUGUUGGGACCCCUAGUACGGCAACACCGUCAAGCAGCGGGGACGAAGAGUGGGAACUGUAUGGAAUAGUGACGCUCGAGGCCCAUCGAAUGCUGAUACCUUGGUGUAAGGGAAGUACACGCCUCUACCAGGAGGCAAUCGGACAAGGAAUAGUGGAUGAUGUCUGUUCAAAACAUAGUGCCGAAUCGUCAGGAGUAACAUCAUGA